AUGUCUGGCGGGGACAAUACACAUUAUGCGUUGCCGGGCGUAGACCAGUUGGCCCCCGACCUCAAACGCAUCAUUGACGAAGCCCUUUUCGGGAUGAUCUGGACGCGCCCCGGUCUGGAACUCUCUUACCGUUGUGUUGCCACCGUUGCCGCCCUCAUGGCCCUCGGAGAACUCAACCUCCUGCGCCGCCACGUUGAGCGUUCCCUCAACGUCGGUCUUACCCCCCAUCAGGUGGUCGAAAUAUUCAUCCAGUCCACCUUUUACGUUGGUGUCCCUGCCGUUGAAACCGCCCUCCGCCUUACCAAGGAAAUCUUCGAGGAUCGCGGCAUCGCGUAUCAGCCGAUCAGCGAAUACGACACCAACCGCCACUCCGACGAGUUGCACGCCCUGGGUCAGGAAAUGCACCGCCGUCACAUGGGCGACACUCCCUCCUCCGGCUACGAUGACACUUCCCCCGAGGCCGACCUGGAGCGCAUCGUCGACGAAUACCAUUGGGGCGCCAUUCACAGCCGCUCCACCCUCGAUGACAAGUCCCGCGCCAUCAUCUCCCUGGCUUCACUCACCAUCAUGGGCGUAUACGACGCCCAGAUGCGACGCAGGAUUCGUGGCGCCGUCGGCAUCGGCCUCAGUCCGGUCGAAGUCAUGGAAGUGUUCAUUCACCUGUCCAUGUACGGCGGUUACGUCAACACACGCACCGCCAUGCGCAUCGCCAGGUCGGUCUUUAUCGAACUCGGAAUCUCCUGA